AUGAGUUCACCAAAUCACCGCUCCAGCCCGGUCCGCCGGCCCUCACUGCUCUCUCUCGACGACAACCAUCACCACUAUCCACUGGCCACUCGAACCGGUACUCUCGCCUCACUCAUCCGCAGCCGCUCUCAACAAAGCUUGGCCGGCUCUUGGCCUCCUCCACUCCAUCGUCAUGGCACCGACGACGAGGAAGCUGGCCUGUGGAUGCGUCACGACGAAGACGAUGCCAUCGAGCGCCUCCUCAAGGAUGAGAAUCGCUUGAGUCAGAUUCUCAAGGGUCCAUUGGCUCGAAGUAUGAACCUGAUUGGUAAAAGCAACCCUCGAUAUCGAUGGGAGCGCUACUGGAAACAUGACGACGAGUUGCAGGCCAUGAAGAAACCCAUACGAGAAUAUUAUGAGCGGACAAAUGAGCUCAUUGAACAAUACAUGUACAUUGACUGUCUACUGGAUUCUUCAAUUCCACACGAUUUGCUCAAUGAGUACAACGCCGAACUUGAAGCCUCUGCUUUCAAGCCCAUUGAUGUCCCCGCCACUAUUACCGAGGAGCCGGGCACAUCUCAGUCCCUCUCCGCGUCCCUAUCAGCAUCUCUUACCGCUUCAAUGGAGCAGCACGCGCAAACCACUGGCUCGUAUGGCACAGUCAACGGUAACGCCAACAGCUCCCCUGUCGAUGAAUUCUCCAAGCAGGUUGCGUUGCCACAAAAACGGACACCAAAGGACAUCUUCCGGUCCUCGGAAAACUUGCCUCUGUUAAAACAUUCCCAUGACGAUAGCGAGGAGGAGGAUCACACGGCACGCCCCGCUCUUCCAUCCAGCUCGAGCGACUCUGGCCCGCGGCCAAAUCUACCUUGGCUUGAAGAUGCUGAAAUCGACAGCGAUGAUCCAAUUGUCACCCUUGCCAUCUGGGUGAACAUGAUUGCCAACAUUAUUCUACUCGUUGGAAAAGUCGCCGUAAUCGUAUCUGUGCCCUCUAUGUCCGUUCUGGCUAGUUUGGUCGACGCAGUUCUCGAUUUUCUUAGUACCGCUAUUGUGUGGACUACCACGCGGUUGAUCUCGGCUGGUCAACAGGAUCAGCAUCACUAUCCCGUGGGACGUCGUCGAUUGGAACCUGUGGGAGUUUUAGUCUUCUCCGUCAUCAUGGUCACAUCCUUUGUCCAAGUUGGCCUAGAAUGUAUCCAACGUCUUGCAAGACCCGAACAUGAGAUUCUCCAACUCGGUCUCCCCGCCAUCAUCAUCAUGUUCAGCACUAUUGUCGUCAAGGGCGGAUGCUGGGUUUGGUGCAGACUAGUUAAAAAUUCUAGCGUUCGAGCCUUAGCCGAUGACGCCAAAACCGACGUCAUUUUCAACGUUGGCUCAAUCUUCUUCCCCAUCGUCGGCUUCUAUGGCCGAAUAUGGUGGCUCGACGCUGCUGGCGGUCUCCUUCUCUCUCUCGUCGUCAUCCUCACAUGGAGUCAAACAUCCGCUCAUCACGUCCGUAACCUCACUGGUUUCUCGGCCCAGCCCGACGAGCGUAACCUCCUUCUCUAUCUCACCAUGCGCUUUGCAACCGCUAUCCGACAGAUUCAGAACCUGCGCGCCUACCAUGCCGGCGACAAAUUGUUUGUAGAAGUGGACAUUGUCUUGUCGGCUGUUACGCCGCUCAAGGAUAGCCACGACCUGAGUGAAGUGCUGACGUAUUUCUUGGAGUCGGUGCCCAUUGUGGAUAGGGCAUUUGUGCAUGUGGAUUACACAAGUUAUAAUGCUCCGACGCACAUGCUCAAGCAAAGUUCUGCAUGA